AUGUCGCUCUUCUCGGCAUUGCUCAUUCGCCAUGGCAGGAGUAACCUGAGCAGCGUGAUAGUCCGGAGUCAAGGCACGCAAGCGCAAGCCCAGACGAUAAACCUCGCCAAGCCCUGCUCGAGGCCCCGUCGGGUGCAGAAGCUCGUCUCCGCGGAGCCGACGAGCCCGUGUCCCCAGCGGAGCACCAGCUACCAGCCGACCCACCCAGUACCCGUAAGGAUCUGCAGGCGCGAGGACCUCGAGAGAGCUUGUCUGCCCAAGUUUUGCGACUGUCCGCAAAAGCAGCCGCCAAAAACAAUGAAAAAUUAUCUCUGCGAGAUGGCAGUGUUCGGAGCAAAGGGUGCAGUCGCCGCCGGUUUCAUCUACUGGACGGUAGCCGAGGGAUUUUGGGGCGAGCCGCAGGAUACCGAGGACAUGUACACGAGAAUGCGGGAAACCUUCGCCUCCAACUCCACGCUCGAGGAGGCAUCCUUUCCGCGAUUAGAGCACAUGAAAUUCAAGCUCCUCGACUCGUACAACAGAGCUGUCUUGUCAACCAUGGGACUGCUGGUCGGGGUGCCGGUUAAGCUGACCAAGCAGAUACACGAUGCUCUGUAUCCGUGUGAACCAGUCGAGGAAGAAGGCAAAGGCGGCAAAAAGAAAACAAAGAAAUAA